CAAACAGGAGAGGAGAGGACGCGACCAGCGGCACGGCACUCUGCUGGCUCGGGGUUUCCUCGGGGAAGUUUUGUAUAGUUUUUACCAGCUUUUGUAAAAACAGAUAGUCAUGAUAAUAUCGUGUUUCGUAGUAACUUUUAAUACUUUGAUACUCUCGUUUUGACAUUUUUUCUUACAACUAAACCGGGGAAGGAUUGGCUUAGCUCGCUAGCUCGGAAACACUGGUCCCCCUCUCUCUCCGCGUUCGACAAAAGCUGCUGAUGAGCCAGCGAAUACACAAAAGAAGAUAAUAAUACAACCUUUGUGUACACAUCAGUUGAAUGAUAACUGAUGCGCCGUCUUCCCUGUAGUUAGAAGCGUUCGGUCGUUGCUGCCGUUUGCACAGCUAACAGUUCAAGCCCCGAAGGGAGCACAGCAAACGACCACGGCAGCCUGCCUCGGGAGAGCAUGACGGCCGUUCAGCUGAUAAAUAUCCAGCGGCUACUGGAAGCUGCGGAUUAUCUCGAGAGGAAAGACAGAGAGUGCGAACAUGGAUAUGCCUCCGCGUUCCCGUCAAACCAGGAGGACACAAACUAUCAGCGGCAGCGGAAAUUCCGAAAUAAGAAGUUCAGCAGUAACCACAAUAGGUCCACACAUAAUGAACUGGAGAAGAAUAGACGAGCUCACCUGAGGCUGUGUCUGGAGCGGUUGAAGGCCCUCAUCCCCCUGGGACCCGAGUGCAACCGCCACACCACCCUGGGCCUGCUCAACAAAGCCAAAGCACACAUAAAGAAACUUGAAGACGCGGACAGGAAGAGCCAGUACCAGCUGGAGUCUCUGGAGCGCGAGCAGAGGCACCUCCAGCGGCAGCUGGAGCUGCUGAGGGGAGGCAGCGGUGCUGCAGCCCAGAGUGGCCCGGGAGAGGGCGAGAGGAUACGCAUGGACAGCGUGGGCUCCACCCUCUGUUCCGACCGCUCCGACUCUGAGCAAGAGGAGAUCGAGGUGGACGUGGAAAGCACGGAGUUCUCCCAUGGAGAGCUGGACAGUGUGAGCACGGCCAGCACCAGCGACCUGGACGACCACAGCAGCCUGCAGAGCAUGGCCAGUGACGAGGGCUACUCCUCCUGCAGUGUCAAACUUGCCUUCUCCUCCUAGAGCCCCACACCGACGCCGCCGCCACCACCACCACCACCACCACCUCCUCCUCCUCCUCCUCCCUGCCAAACCCACCUGCCCUCCCGUCUGUUUAUCCAUCCAGCCAUGUCUACAUGCAAAAAUCCAGUCACCUCAGACAACGCCCGGGGCCCCAGCUAAUGGCUGAGCAGUGCCCCCCUCUCCUGCUCCUAGCCUUUUAGUUUGUACCCCCCCACCCCACCAAAAAAAAAAAAAACAGACACCAGGGAUCCAAACACAGUGAUGUAAGACUGACAAUUGGUUUUGAUCUUCGUCUCUUCUUUUAAAGGGAGAUCAGAGACUUGGUUGACGUGAAAAAUUAUACAUCCUCGUCGUUUUUAAAUCCUGCAAUUGAAAUGAAUGGUUUUUACUAUUUAUUUCAUCAAUGUCUGGAUUUUUUAAAAGAUUCACAAUCCCCAAUUCGAUGCGAAAUGCACUUAAGUCCCUCUAACAUUGAAAGAAUUCCGAGUUUCGGUGCGGUUCUCCCUCCUGUUGGUGCUUGUGUGUGUUGAGCUGAUCCUUUGUAUCCCGCCAUGAUGUUCUGCUGUCGGGCCUGGAUGACCGGGAGCACAUCUGAUCUGGACUUUAAAAGGACACUGUGGGUGAACUUUGCCAUAUCAACACAACGCGGUCCCCGAUGAAGACGUCCUCCCAGCCCCUGUCUUAUUGUUGUUGUUUUUUUUCAUUACCUCUGCUCAACACCGCAGAAGCUUGGACACUUGAAUUGGUGCUAUUGUGAAACAAACCCAUCGGGUAAGCAGAUCAGAUACAACACCACUAAGCUUUUAAAGCAAACACAAGCGUGUCUGUCGUGAUUGUUUCCAACCAAGCAUGGAGGGAAACAACCACACGAAAAAAUAAUGGAGGGUGAAAAAAAAAACAUUCCUGUCGAAUGUGGGUGCUUCAGUGCAUUUUCAAAGAGUGGAAAUUGUAACUGUGUGUGUGUGUGUGUGUGUGUGUGUGUGUGCGUGUGCGUGUAUGUGUAUGUGUGUGUGUGUGCGUGUGUGUUCUUUUGUUUUGGUUUAUUUCCCCUCGACAAAGCAGCUACAACAAGCCAUCCUGCACUUGCCUACUUUAGAGCUGUGUAUAGAAACGGCACAAACCAAGAAGUAAAAAGAAAAGAAAAAGUCCAAACAACGACAGCAAACUUUGGAACAGAAGCCCAUCCUCUUUCCAGCAGUAACAAGCAAUAACUCUUGUAGUCGUUUUUUUUUUGUCCCAUCAGUUUGAACUCCCUCCUGUUUUUCCCCCCUCUUCUUCUUCUAAAGACACUUUUGUGUGUCCGUCCAAAAAAAAGAAGCAAAUUUCUAGUUUUUUCUUUGUACAUACAAAUAACUAAAUAAAUUAAACUUUAAGAAAUAGUUUUGUUUUUUAAAGAGCUCACAGAUAUAACUAUUGCCUCUGUUGCUGUUUGACCUGUGUUUAUUGUGCUCUUUAAAUUCAAGUGUAUGGAAAGAUUUUGUCCUCUACAGAGCAGCAGUGGAUGUGGCAUGGACACUAUUUUGAUUUUGUUCCGUUUUAUUGACGGAGGCAUUUGAAAGUUAGCCGUUGUGUUGCUCCCCAGAGGAGGACAGACGAGUUCCUCUUCAACACGACAAAGAAAGAAAAAAACAAACCCAACAGAACAACUUUGUGAGAGAAGCGUCGCAGUUGAACUAAAUGUUGGAGAGUAUGCGAGGCCCUCUUUAUUUAUUAGACUCUUUUUUUUUUUUCUGUUCAUGAAUGGGAGAUUAAAAAAAAAGCUGCAUAUGGCAUUCCACUGGUGGUCAGGCGAUCUGUGGAGGGAACGUCUGAAGUGCAGGGAGAAGAAAAUGGUUUAUAUGAUGAUGUCACUGUUCGCCAUCCCAGCUCAUCUGGUAUUAAGGAUUGCACUUCAACCACAGUUCCCUUUAAUUUAAUUUUUCUCUCUCAGUUCCCCUGAAUCCUUUUUGUGUUUGGAAGAAAAAACACACAGCGCCACCCUUUGAAUAUUUAUUUCUCAAUCCCUCAAAGAACACAAGCAUUGAGGGGGGCCGGGGGGGUUAACUUAUUUUGGUUCGGUCUUAUUUUACUCCUGUUGAUGAUCAUUUCUCAUUCCUUAUUUUAAGAAUUGUAUAUUUUAUGGGUUAUUGUUGUUAUUAUUAUUUUUGGGGGAAUUUCUUUGAGGGAGGGUACAGAGGGUGGGAGGGAAUAAGAUGAAAAUGUAGCCAAUUUUUUUUUUUUGUUGAUUUUUUUGUUUUUUCUUUCCAAUGGACACUUGAAAUGUAAUUGGCCCCUAAGCUGCUCCUAGUGCUGAGCCUCGCCUGUCCUGAGUCGUCUGCCUCGUCCGGAGCCGACUUCCCCGCCUCUUUCGCUGUAUGCCUGUGAUGAUGAAUCCAGACCUUUAAAAAAAACGGAUGGGCUCAGAGACAAAAUGGCUGAACCUCCAUGGCCAGCCUGCUGAUAGAAGCCUGUCCGGGUGUUUUGGGUUCUGGGGGGGGGGGGGGUGCUUUCUCUGCACAAGGCGUAUUGAUAGCCCAGACUUUACUGGCAAAUAUUGAGCCGGCUGCUACACAAUAAAAGGGGUCUAACACUCCACUUUCCUCCAUUCGGAGGACUGUAGUCUCUAUUAGACUUUAGUUUUAGUUG